AUGACGUCCGUCCUGCGGUCCAUCGUCGCCGGUCCGCGCAAGGCGCAUCCAGAAGCACGUCUGGACCUGUGCUAUGUCACCGACUACAUCAUCGCAACCUCCGGCCCCUCGCACACGUACCCGCGCCGCGCCUACCGCAACCCGCUCGACGAGCUCGUCGCGUUCCUCGACGGCGCGCACGGCGCCGACUGGGCCAUCUGGGAGUUCCGCGCCGAGGGCACGGGCUACCCGGACGCGCUCGCGCACGACCGCGUGCUGCACUUUCCCUUCCCCGACCACCACCCGCCGCCGUUUGCCCUCGUGCCGCGCAUCCUCGCCAGCAUGCGCCACUGGCUGCACGGCGGCGCGCUCGACGGCGUCACCGGCACCACCACCCCCGAGCGCCACCCGCACCGCGUCGUCGUCGUCCACUGCAAGGCCGGCAAGGGCCGCAGCGGCACCGCCAGCGUCUGCUACAUGCUCGCCGAGGAGGGCUGGCGCGCCCAAGACGCCCUCGCCCGCUUCACAGAGCGCCGCAUGCGCUUCGGCGCCGGCGUCUCCAUCCCCUCCCAGCUGCGCUGGGUCGCCUACGUCGACCGCUGGACCCACCACGGCAAGCAGCCCUACGCAGAUAGGCCCCUCGAGAUUGUCGAGAUUCACGUAUGGGGCCUGCGCAACGGCGUCAGGGUCGACGUCGAGGCCUUUGCGGAGCAGGGCAGGAGGAUUCAGUCGCUGCACACGUUCAGCACCGAGGAGCGGCACAUUGUCCGCGGCGACCCGCCGACGGACGGCGGCUUCUCCCAGCUCGUCUGGGACAUGGCCGGCCUGUCCUCGGCCAGCAAGGCCCCGGCCGACGCCGACUUUGCCUCGGCCACCAACAAAGCGGACACGAGCGCGGCGGCACCCCCUCCGGCGCCCAAGACCCAACCCGACCUCAUCAUCCCCGAGCAGCCAACCGCAGCCUCCUCUACACCGUCCAGCAGCAGCAGCAGCAGCGAGACCGAACCCGGCGGCAUGGCCGUCAUCUUCCGCCCGGCGACGCCCAUCCGCGUGCCCCACAGCGACGUCAACAUCGCCGUCGAGCGGCGGCACCGCGCGCACAAGCGCAUCGGGCUCACGGCCGUCUCCGCCGUCGGCCACGUCUGGUUCAACGCCUUCUUCGAGGGCCGCGGGCCGGAGCAGGGCGGCCGCCCGGACCCCAGCGGCGUCUUUACGAUUACGUGGGACGCCAUGGACGGCAUCCGCGGCACGAGCCGCAAGGGCAGCCGCGGCCUGGAUAAGAUGUCGGUCGUGUGGCGCUUCGCCGACGAGGACGGCGGUGGUGGUGUUGUGCCUGCUGCUGCUGAACCGGUGACGGCGGUCGGACCGCCGCACGAGGUGCGUGAAAAGGACCUUGGCGUGCGCUUGCAAAGCCCCGCCAGCGCCAACGUCAGCAGGGCGAGCAGCGUCCGGACGGUGGACUUGCAGCGGCAUGCAAAGGGGGACUCGCCGGACGGUGGCGAGGACGCCGCAGUGCUGGACAGUGUCAAGACGAGCGACCCGGCGGGCGCGGAGCUACGACAGGAAGAUACCAAGACUGUAGCUUAA